AUGAGCCCCCCUACAUAUACCCCGGAAUACAUUAGUCUAGCUUCCAUUUCUUCUGCUUCGCCAAUUAUUGACCUUGGUCCGCAACCACAAUACACCCUGCAUCAACAUCACUUUUUAUCAUCAUCAUCGGCUUCAACUGCAACUACUCUUGCAGAAAUGCCCACCAGCUUAUCUUCUGGUGGAUCCUCCACAGCUGUCGAUAGCUGCUGUUUACCCACAAACAACAUGGCACCGCCACUGUUAAAAACUCCAUACACAGAGAACCAGACACAAACAUCCACCACUCCUUCUCCUUUUGAAAUCUUUCAGGCUUGGGCAGAAUCUAAUUAUACAGACUUAUCUUCGUGUCACUGGCCUUCAUCUGGAUCCGCAUCUCUUCCUUCUUCGGCAAAUACACUUCAUUCAUCACACCUUUUCUUCUCACCAGUGGACUCGGGCUCACAAACUUAUUUUCCCUCAUUUGCAGAAUUACAUGGUCAACAUGUCUCUCGCCGUGUAUCGCUACCGAGUAGUGCAUCUGCUGACCACCGUACUCGUGUCAUUGGCGCAGAAGUGUGGAACAGAUUAUGUGGCGUGUUUGAACACAAAUACUUUAUGGGAGGACAUGUAGAUGAUGGUGAUUCACACACAAUAUCAACCGCAAUAUCAAGUACUUCAACAUCCCGGCAGAUUUCUGCUACAGUUCGCGGUGGUGCAGCUACUGGUAUUGCAUCCCAAGAAUUCUUAACUGGUCGGCCAAACAAACACCUUUCUGUUGGUGUUUUGGAUUUGGAAAAUGGGGGAACUAACGCCACAAUCAAAAAUGAUAAAUCUACCGGAAUGCCGCUGCCUGUGGUUUGUGAUGCGCUAUUGUUAGGGUGCAAGUUUGAUUUGGCAGGUUGCCGAAAUUAUUUACUUGACGAGACACUUGACAAGUUGUAUCGCCAGUUGUACCCGAUCAAUCAGUUUUCAUCAAGAACACAGGAACCGUUAAAUUCUGAGAGCUUAGAUUUUGUGCUCCUGCUGUAUCAAUUGUGUGCCAUUGCGGUGAAAACGUUGUAUGAAAAAUCAACAAUCGACACUCAAACCCCCCAAUCUGCACAAUCUUUGUACUCUAAUGGUGAGCAACUACACGCUUUUGCAAGAAGCACUAGUCAACUCCAAUGCACUAUAUUUUCUUACUCCUUACUUGUACUUUUUUGGAUUUCCAAAGAAGAUAUUAUAUCUCAGUCAUUUUUAGAAACGGGAUCCAUUGAUACAUGUUCUAUUAAAUAUCUUGUGGAAAUGUAUAGCUCUAUUUUCCAUAAGCAACCUCUAGAAACUGGAUCGCAGCCACUUUUCCCUGGACCAAUUGACGUUGUUCCCCAUUUACAACGUUUAGUCUGGGUUUCUCUCCUAUACCAUAAACUUUGCAGCAGCUGUAACGACAAACAAGUAUUUUAUAUGCAACAAGCAUUUGCUUUAAUUCUUGAACAAGAGUAUAAGGACGCAUGUGGAAGUUUUAGUGAUAAGCCACUACCAUGCUCAAGCGAAAAAAUGGUAAAUUUGCAUUUUUUUGAUUUUGACAAAUCGAGAAACUUUCAAGCAGAUGGAAUGUGUCAAUUAGCUGGUGAUUUUUUCCAGGCCCUUGCAUUGAUUUACCGUGCAAUCUUUAAUGGACAGUUUCGACUUCAGUUGAAGGAUAUUUCGAAUUACAUUUGGGAACUUACAAAUAAAAGUCGGAUGUUUUUUGUGAAGCAAGAUUUAAUUAAUCUUUUGCUUGAGCCUUUUUGUAUUCUUGGUGAACUGACUACAAGUUUUGUUAAAAUUGCUCAAAAGCUCAAUCAAAAACAAGAAGGACACCCGCAAAGCAUGUUCCCUGGAAGUACAGGAAUGUCUCCAAAACCUGCUACCACAAUUUGGACCGAUUGGGUGCUUCCUAUCAAUAGCAUUUCCAAGUCUGAUUUUGAAGACGAGGUGUUUUUCCCAUUAUUGUGGGACACUAGCAUUAUGGAUGAGUUUUCAAAGGUCUGCGAUAAGAAGCGGGCCACCGAGCCACAAGAUCAAGCAGAGGAAUAUUGCAACUCCAUAAGGCUUCACAAUAUUCUCAAAAACCCGGCCAAAUUAUACCAAAUCUUUUGUCCCCUAAAUUCAAUCAAUUUGCAAGAAAUUUACAGCAAUAUUAUGGCUUUUGAUGUGAAGAAUGACAGGGCAAUUAAUUUACUUGGAACAUCAAAUAACUCAAGUCAACUAGUCAAGCAUGAGUCAAUUUUUGACACUGGGUCCAAGAAAAAAGUAAAAAAGAAAAGGAAGGACGGAACCUUGGUUUCCAGGGGGAAAUGGAACAAGAUUGGCAAGGAACAAGCAGGAACCUCCUCAUCUCUAAAGGGCCACAAAAAAAAUUCAAGAUCGCGCUAUCAUAAAGCAGUUACAGAAGCCGAGGUUGGUUUAUUGACGCGCAUGUUUUUAGGAUGCACGUUAUCUUUGACUUCUUGUGCUUCUGGCGAGAGUGCUACACCGCAGCCUGAACUAAGAUUUUCGCCUCAAGUUCGUCUUCAAAAGAAAAAGCUGUCAUUUACCGGAGAAUAUCUUAGUAACCAAAAACCGCGACAUUCUGAGUUUACUAUAAAUGGAAUUGACUUGGAAGAGUUGCGGCAUGUUCCGGUAGAAAGUUUCCCCAGAGUAUCUCCCUGUGAACCUGAUAUUCCGGAAACUAUAGGUACUCUUACAACUCUUCGCAAUGGAAAUGGGAGCUGGGUAAUGAGCAAGUCUAUUUUAAAAAAACCAGUGACUCCACAGUAUUCUUCUGAUGAUGGAUUGAGCGACAGUAAUAGCAUUUUGAGUGCUAAUAGCAAGUGGUGGUUAGCUAAUCCUGUAAGUUCAGCUUCAUUAAUAGAAGAACAACAACGAGGGAAUGAUUACGAGUUUCCAGAAAAUGAAGAAGUCCACUCUUGCUUUUAUCCGACAAAGACAGAAUCUGUAAACUCUGAGUUAAAAGUUUCUGCAGAUGAGUCUGACAUGUCAAUGGAUAGUACUAUGGGUGUUACGAUUAAAGGAUGUAUUACGGGUAAUGAUACCAUUAAGCUGGCCAAUACUAGUACGAAGAAGAAGAAAAAGAAGCGAGUCAGUUUUAAAAUUGAUGAUGAAAUUAUUAAUCACCCACCUUUAAAGUCUCCAGAGUUUGACAAUGAUGGAGACGUGGAUAUGAGCGAUAGUGAUGGUACUAAGAAACCCAGCUUUACACAGUUGUUUGAACCAGUUAAGAGUGCAGAUUCCAGCACAAGUCCUAAUUUUUGUUUAACACUUGUACCAAAAAUUGAGGGUACUACUGAACCAAAUGAAAACAAUAUUAUGGAACGAAGUCUUGACGAGACCAUUGAAGAAGAGGAAACCCCAGAGUAUGAUACCACGAAAACUGUCAGCACUAGAUCUUACGACUCUGUGACUUCACAAACAAAAUUCUUUUACGAGCUGGAUAGAAUUUCACCCAAGCAGGGAUACAAGGAAAGCUCAUUGAAACGUAGCGUCAAGUUGGAUGUUUUAUUCAACAACUCUGCAGAAACUAUUAUUGAAGAAAAUCCCCCAGAAGAAGCAGUAUACAAAUCAUUACCAACCCUGAUUCACCCUCAAGCACUACGCUUGUUUGAACACUUCCCAAUCGAAGAAAGCUGCACUUAUAUUCCGGAUCAAGUACCUUCUCGAGCCAUGAAUACCUUAAUAAGAUAUGGGGACUUUCAGCCCUUGGAUCAUAGCAGUACUAUUUAUGUGAGGGAAGACAAUCAUUAUCCACAAAAGUACUAUCAUCAUAAUAGUCCACUUGGAACACCCAGCAGCUAUUGCCUGUCGAGCGAAAGCUUGUUUAGCGGGAAAGUUACAGAACAACUUCAAAGUAGCGCAGCAACUUCUAUAGAUGAACGCGAAGUACUGCCACUUUACAAUGGAAAGUUUAGUUAA